ACAGACUUCAAAGUCUUAUUGAUGAAAGAAAGCGAAUUUUUUCUUUUACCCCAUUGGUUGGCAUUUAGGAAUGAGCAUUAUUGAACUCUUGAUGUUGAAGAACACAAGAGCAAAAACCCCACUGAACACUUUCAUCUUCUUGUUCUUUUCUUACACCAUUCUUGGAGUUUGAGAGCUCUGAGCAAGAAGAGUGGAAAAUGGGUUUAAAAGGGGUUUUUCUUCUCUUGAUUUGUCUCUUUCUUUUGUGUAUAGCAUUUGCUAUACCCACAACAUUUUCCCCAAGAGUUCAUUACCCACUUGAUUCCUUAAAGCAAGUUACAAGUUUGAAGCCAAAGAUCCAUUUUGAAACCCGUUUCUAUCCUCAGUUGCUAGAUCAUUUCACCUUCACGCCAAAGAGUUCCAAAAUAUUUUACCAGAAGUAUCUGAUUAAUGAGGAGUACUGGAGAAAUGGAGCUCCAAUCUUUGUUUAUACGGGCAAUGAGGGUGACAUUGAAUGGUUUACUGCUAAUACUGGUUUCUUGCCAGAUAUUGCUCCAAAGUUUCACGCCCUUCUGGUUUUCAUUGAACAUAGAUUUUAUGGAGAAUCGAUGCCGUUUGGGAAUGACUCGUAUAACUCGGCAGAAACAUUGGGUUACUUGACUUCACAACAAGCUUUGGCUGACUAUGCAGUUUUGAUAAGAAGUUUGAAGCAAAACCUCUCUUCUGAGGCUUCUCCUGUUGUUGCGUUUGGUGGGUCUUAUGGAGGAAUGCUGGCAGCCUGGUUUAGACUGAAAUACCCGCAUAUUACUAUCGGAGCUUUGGCAUCUUCAGCACCAAUUUUACACUUCGAUAACAUCGUUCCGUGGUCGAGUUUCUAUGAUGCUGUCUCUCAGGAUUUCAAGGAUGCUAGCUUGAAUUGCUUUAAAGUGAUCAAAGAGAGUUGGACCGAGCUUGAGCAAGAAUUUUCUGAAGAGGGGUUGGCUGAACUAAGUAAAACAUUCAGAACUUGCAAAAACCUUCACUCAGUAUCCUCGGUUCGAGACUGGUUAUGGUCAGCAUUUGUCUACACUUCAAUGGUAAAUUACCCGACUGAAGCGAAUUUCAUGAGGCCAUUGCCAGCCUAUCCUGUACAAGAGAUGUGUAAGAUUAUCGAUGCAUUUGCCCCGGAAACUAGCAAGCUUGACAAGGUCUUUGCUGCUGCGAGCUUGUAUUACAAUUAUUCACAUGGGGAGAAAUGCUUUAACGUGGAAAACGGACCCGAUCUUCAUGGUCUUAGUGGUUGGGACUGGCAGGCUUGUACAGAGAUGGUGAUGCCAAUGACUUGUUCCAAUCAGAGCAUGUUCCCUCCGAGUGAGUUCGAUUAUGAAGAAUUUGCUACAGAUUGCAAGAAGAAAUAUGGAGUUUCACCUCGUCCGCAUUGGAUCACUACUGAAUUUGGUGGCGAAAGAAUUGAGGAAGUGUUAAAAAGAUUUGGCAGCAAUCUCAUAUUUUCUAAUGGAAUGCAAGAUCCAUGGAGCAGAGGAGGGGUGCUGAGAAAUAUUUCAACUAGUAUCAUUGCCAUCGUCACGGAGAAAGGAGCCCACCAUGUCGAUUUUCGAUCAGCAACGAAAGAUGAUCCCGACUGGCUUGUCGAGCAGAGGAAGCAAGAAGUGGAGAUCAUUCAUCAAUGGAUCAAUGAGUACUAUGCAGAUAUGAAACAAGACAAGAAAUUCAUGUAAUGAAUCUUGUUAUUUCAAGUUCAAGUAGGGAGUGAUUGUGAUUAUUGCCAAGUACUUUUUCAAGUGGGAAGAUGGAAUCAUACACUGUAAACAACAAUGUAGGAUGAACUAUUUAUAUCUUUCUAAUAAUUUGUCUUAGUUUAAGAA